AUGUCUUCGAGCUCUAGGAGUCACUCCCAUGUAGCACAUGUAGAGGACGUGGACGACGACUCGGGAAGUGCCAUCAAUGGCAUUGAAGCCACUCGCAAAUAUGCAAUGUCAGAAGCACGCAUGAGCCCGAUCAAAAUUCAGCCCAACACUGGAAAAUCGCGCUCCGACAGACGGCCGGUCAACUCAAGAUCUUCCUCUGCCAGCGUCAGCUUCGACGAAUCCGGCUCGCACGGCUCGUUGCCAGAUAAGAAGGGUAGACCUCUUUCUCGGCGACCCUCUGAAAGAGAAAGCGGUGACCCAGAACUCAGAGCUCGUGACCAAGAACGAAAGAGAAUGGAACGCAGAUUGAGGGAGGAAGAAGAGGAUAGGCGAGCCGCCGCCCCAGCAAGGUCAAAGGCAAAGGCAAAAGAUCAAGACUCACGACCAUUACGGAAGCAGCGCCCAACUUCCUUGAAGCAAACCGCCACGCAACCAGUCAUCCAGCAGAUGUACAAACGAGGCCAUGUCGAUAAUCCAGCAAAUUACGGUGUGCAGCAACCUGCCGUUGCAGGCAAUCGGCCACGGGCGCAGACACGACCUGCGAGCUAUUAUGCCGGCCAACCUACCCGACCAGGUCCUAUGAAUAUGCCUUGGUUUCCUUCGCACCAUCCGCCUGCGGGGUUUCCCAUCGGGUCAUAUCCCCCUCCUCCGUGGCCAGGACAGGGAGCUUCACCAGGUGGUUUCGCUGGGCCUCCUCCGCCAUCUCCUGUUGGGCCUCCAGCGGGAUAUUUUGAUGCUGCCGGGGUUGCGGCAAAUCCUCAUAGUCACUUGAGGUCCCGGUUUGAAACUCGUCCAUCAUCUGCGAUGGCAUAUCAGAAACCGCCGCCGCCACCCCCUCCCCCGGCACUUGACUACUAUGAUUACGAAGAGAUAUUCGACGAAACGCCUCCCCCACCCCGAGUAACUCAUCGACCGUCAAAGGCAAAGCGGGCAGAAGACGACCGGAAACGUAUGCCACCGCCAGAGCAUAUUCCCAUUCGCCCGCAGUCUGCAAUGCCACAGUCGACACCGUAUCGUCCGCCACCAUCACAACGUCCUCCUUCACGGCAAAGUCAGUCUAGACCUCCACCGACUCACCGAAGAUCCGUAGGAUUUGUCGACCAAUCGCCGUAUGAUGAUGACGACUUUUUGGGUGAUGACGGUCUCUUCCAUGAUAUCUCACCGAAUGCCUCGUUCGAUCAAAGGCAUGCAGUUGUGCCUCGGCCUCGCUCACGACGCAGCUCUGUGGCGUACGAUCAUCAUGAUUAUGACAUCGUUCCAGCCACAAGCCGAGGUCGACGAGCGUCCAUGUAUGGAUCCGCCCUGCCUUCUGGUGGUGUUAGUCUUGAGGACCAGAAAUAUACUGAUGCUUUGAAGUAUCAGGAAGCCGUCAGUGGGGGUGCGCCGGUGAAAUUAACUGCUGAGACAUUGCGCAAAGCCAGCAAACGUGGUGCAGUAGCUAGCAGCCGCUCCACCCGUAGCAGUGCUAGCCGUGAUGACAGCGAGUACAGGCAAAGCAACGCAACCGGACUCACACGGACUUCCUUCAACAGCGACGACUUCACCAUCAAAGUCUCUGGAGGUGCCCGGGUUCGCGUGCCCGGCGCUGAGAUUGAGUGCGAGGACGGCGGCGAGAUUACCUUUACCACCCGGCAGAGUGGCCCACGCACUGGGAGUGACAGGGCCACAAUGAUUUAUCCCCAACUUGAGGAUUCGCGUAAGGAUAUGCGCCAAGCCAUGCUCCUUAUGACUUUCCCGGGGGAUAUUUUUGACACUAAACCGCUCGACGACGACGAUUUACGAUUUCGAUGA